CGCACUUGGCCGGCGGGGGCAGGGGACAGGCGGGAGGCGGCGCCGUGCGGCGGGGAGGGACCUCGAAGUGGCUCUCGGGCCGCCCAGGGCGCUGGCAGCGGGCACAGAGGGCGGCGCGGGGACUGUGCGGCCGAGCCCCGCACCGGCCGCUUGGCUGGGCGCUCCAGCCUCCCCGGCAGCUGCUGUCCUUGGCGGCCCCGGCGAGCGGGGUGCAAAGUUGCCUCCGUCUAGAUCGCGGGGGGCUGCUCUUUGUGCGGCUGGGCCAGCCCCGCAACGCGGGAGCCGGGCUGCUGGAACUAUCUUCACCUGUAUGCCCUAGCUCCCAAAGAAGCACCUCCACUGUGACAUCCCCCUUCACCUUGUUCCUUCUGGUGAACCCUGGGAAAGGCCAGAAGGAGGCUGGGACAUUCACAGAGCUUGGCACAUCCCAAUUCUUCCUGGGAGAAGCAGGGACUUACAGGAGGCACCCUACUCUGGGAGGGCCUCUCUCUGGCCGAGAGGCAUCUGAACCGAGUGAUGGACGAGCUGCAGUCCCAGAACCUGUCCAUGGACAUGGCCGAGUCCACACCUGCCCUGGCCAGUAAUAGGCUGGAGAACGGCAUGGCCCAGCUCAUCACCACAGAGGCCUGGAACAUCAACUCCACUGACCUGGUGAAGAAGGCCCUGGUGGCCGUGCCUGCCCCCUCCAUCCUGAACCCCCCAGCCGAGUCCCAGAGCGGCAUGGCUCUGAAGGUGGCAGCCACAGUGCUGCAGCCCCUGUGCCUUGGGGAGAGCCCGGUGGUGAUGCCCAUCCACAUGCAGGUGGAGGGUGGCUCGGCACCCGAGCUCAACCCCAGCAGCAACGCCACCUACGUCAUGACGGCGCAAGGCCCAGUGCAGCUGCCUGUGGUGCUGGAGCAGCAUGUCUUCCAGCACCUCAACUCACCCCUGGUGCUGCCGCAGGAGACCCCGUGCUCCUCGGGCACCAUGCACAACAACCUCUUCCAGGGGCCUGAGGACCCAGAGCCCCAGCCUCAGCUCCUGGACCUGCGUAUUCCCAGCCAGCCGCAGGAGCCCACGUUGCCCUUUGAAGCCGUGCUCCAGAAUCUGUUCCCCUCACAGGGGGCUCUUGCCCCCCCACCGUGCCAGCCUCCUCCUGGGUAUGCCACUGCAGCCCCUCAGCCCUUUAACUCACCCUUGUCACCUCUGGUCCCGCCCGCCACCCUCUUGGUGCCCUACCCAGUGAUUGUGCCCUUACCUGUGCCGGUGCCCAUCCCCAUCCCCAUUCCAGUGCCUCAGAGCUCAGAGUCCAAGUUCAGCCCCAGCUGCCCCAAGCCCCCCACCUCCUUUGGCCUGCACCCCUUCAAAGGUACCCAGGCCCCUCUGGAGAAGGAACUAAAGCCCUUUGACCUCCUUCAGCCCCGGGAAUACUUCCAGCUCAGUCGUCACACAGUCAUCAAGAUGGGCAGUGAGAACGAGGCCCUGGAUCUCUCCAUGAAGUCGGUGCCCUGGCUGAAGGCUGGCGAAACCAGCCCCCCACUCUGCCAGGAGGACACAGCUCUGGACCUGUCACUGGCAGCCCAUCGGAAACUGGAGCCUCCCCCCCAGGCCCCAGUGGCCAGCCUGGGUCGCACUGGGAUGGAGAAACUCCCCAGAGCUGUGGAAACACCCUUUGCCACUGCCACGACCCUUGAGGCCAUGGCCACUGCCACAACCACCACCACCACCAUGCUUGAUGGCCGCACUGUCAACAGUAGCCCUGCUGCAGCCUCUGCCCCCGAGCAGCCCAACCAGCCCUGCAGCGAGCUCAAGGCUGAAAGUUCCACUGAGGCUGUGAGUGAGUCCCAGGCCACCAAGGUGAUCGUCUCAGUAGAAGAUGCUGUGCCCACCAUCUUCUGUGGCAAGAUCAAAGGCCUCUCUGGAGUGUCCACCAAAAACUUCUCCUUCAAAAGAGAAGACUCCGUGCUUCAGGGCUAUGGUAUCAACAGCCAAGGGGAAGAGUCCCUGGGAAGUGUGGAGGCCCUUAGGAAGCCCGUCAAAAACCGGAGCAUCAAGUUAAAGAAAGUGAACUCCCAGGAAAUCCACAUGCUCCCCAUCAAAAAACAACGGCUGGCCACCUUUUUCCCCAGAAAGUAACUACACAGCUUUUUAAUUAAAAAAAAAAAAGAAUUUUAUGAUUCUGACAUGGAGAAAGGUGCAUUUGAAAUAUAUAUAUAUAUAUAUAUAUAUAUAUAUAUAUAUAUAUAUAUAUAUAUAUUCCUUCAAGUGGAUUAUCUUAUUAUCUUUGUUAAUUAUUUGGGAGAGUAGUUGGGAAGUGGAAAGGCGAAUUGGCUCGCGUGGUUCUGUAAGCUAGUUUCAUUUUCUUUUUUAAUUUUUGACUUUUCACAAAUGAGUAAAUAAGAGCAACCUAUUUUUCAAGCAGAUUGCACAUUUUUUUGCAGCUUUAAUGGAAUACUGGGUGAAUCAGAGGGGGUGAAGAAAAAAAGCUAUUUUCAUUGCCACAAAGUGCUUUGAUGAUGUAAUACCUAAUAAAGGGUAGGAUAACUAUUUCACAAUAAAUGUUUGUUUGCACUAA